AAUGAAUUAAUAUAUUUUCAAUAUAUAAUAUGUAAUAUAUUUUCAGGCGAUGCUGAGCCAUAUCCAAUGUAAGGGGAUCGCCCUGAUCACUCUUCUCCUUGUGAACGCUGUGUUCUCCACACCGCUCAUGAAGAGGGACCUGAGUCAGGCAUCAGACACAGCAAUUGCCGAGGGUUCAGAAGGACAGAGAGCACUGUUGCUGGACGAGGAUGUUUUCGGCGGCCACGAAGAAGGUGACGGAAGCGGCGCUAGAGAGAAGAGGCUGCUAAAGCUGAAAGCCCUCGGAUUGGGAGCGGGCCUGAAGGCAGCGGGGGCCGGACUCCAGGCAGCUGGCGCUGGAGUCAAAGCGAUCGGGAUCUCCGCUGCUAAAGCGGUCGGGAAGAAGGCGCUCACCGCAGGAGUGGCCGUUGGGGCCAAGGUGGCCAAGGGAGCGCUCACUGUAGGAGCCACUGUCGCAAAGGCUGCCAUAACAGUCGGAAUCGCCAAGUUGCUACUGUCGCUAGUCUUCGGGAAAAUACACCAAUUGCUCGCCCUCAAGUCCAGCCUGGUCGGCGGAGGAGCCCACGGCGGCCUCUUCAGCAGUAGCAGCCUGCCCACCAGCGGCCUCAGCGGGGGAUCUUCCUCUUCCGCCGCACAGCCUUCCUCUGACGGAGACUUCUCUGCAGGAACUGAAGUAGACUCCACCACGGAAGCGCAGCUGUACCUGGUGAGGUGAUCAUCCAAGCACCACGUCAAAGGCACAACAUACAUCAAAAUCUGAAGCUGCCCAUCUACUGUCCUUUAAAAUACCGGCACGUCGUGUCAUUAAUUUCAAGAAAAAAAAAGACUUGAUCGCUCAAUUAUUAUAAUAAUUAUAAUGAAUAUAGCCAGUAGCUUUAACGGACAGUAUGUACCAUAAAGAAUUAGACAAUAAUUUCUUAUUCCCAUUCUAUGUUAUUUC